CGGUCCCUGAAACAACACCACCACCACCGCCAACAAUUGCAGCAAAGAUCUUAAAAGCACAAAAAACACAAGCAACCCCGAACAUUCACGUUCACAGACACAGACACAGACACAGACACACACACGCAGAGGGGGGAGAGGCCACGUCAUCGUCUCCAGUUCCUCACCCAAAUCCAAAACGUCUAUUAUUUUCUUUUUCUAUUUUCUUGUCUUUGAAUUUGUUGUGCGACGGUUGACCUAACACUGAUAGAUUCGUUGCCUUUUACGAAACUCACUCACACACACACGGAUACACGCGAGAGAAAGAGAGAGAGAGAGAGAGAUGGGCAACUCAUUUGGGUGCUCUGCGUCCGGUGAGAGGUUGGUAUCGGCGGCUCGAGACGGCGAUUUGAUCGAGGCCAAGAUGCUGUUGGAUUGCAAUCCAUGCCUCGCCAAGUACUCUACCUUCGGUGGCCUCAAUUCUCCUCUCCAUUUCGCUGCCGCUAAGGGCCACAACGAGAUUGUGACGUUGUUGCUUGAGAAUGGAGCUGAUGUGAAUUCGAGGAAUUACUGUGGGCAGACGGCGCUGAUGCAAGCGUGUAGAUAUGGGCACUGGGAAGUGGUGCAGACUCUUCUUCUCUUCAGAUGCAAUGUUACAAGAGCAGAUUAUCUCAGUGGGAGAACAGCUCUCCAUUUUGCAGCUGUCAGUGGCCAUGGCAGGUGUAUAAGACUCGUUGUGGCUGACUUUGUUUCAAGUGCUCCGUAUGAAGCUAUACAUGCACAGACAGGUGGUGAUAGAGGCGAUGGCACAGAUGUAAAGAACAAAUAUGACCAAAGUGCGCUGUCCAAGUUUGUAAAUAAAGCGGCUGAUGGUGGUAUCACUGCUCUACACAUGGCUGCAUUGAAUGGGUAUUUUGAUUGUGUACAACUCCUACUUGACCUCAAUGCAAAUGUUUCGGCUGUAACAUUUCACUAUGGAACAUCCAUGGAUUUGAUAGGUGCUGGAAGCACUCCAUUGCACUAUGCUGCUUGCGGGGGUAAUUUGAAAUGCUGUCAGAUCCUCCUUGCAAGAGGCGCCUCUAGGAUCACAUUGAAUUGCAACGGGUGGCUUCCUAUUGAUGUUGCCAGGAUGUGGGGGCGCCAUUGGCUUGAACCACUGCUAGCGCCCAAUUCUGACUCGACACUACCAACAUUCCCUCCUUCUAAUUACCUAUCCUUGCCUCUCUUGAGUGUCCUUAACAUAGCAAGAGAUUGUGGAUUGCAGUCCUCGACAACCUCCUCUGAUGACACCGAUGUCUGUGCUGUCUGCUUGGAGAGAGCAUGCUCUGUAGCUGCUGAAGGAUGUGGGCAUGAGCUUUGCGCAAAAUGCGCUCUCUAUCUUUGCUCAACAAACAACAUUCCUUCUGAAUUGGUGGGUCCACCUGGGUCCAUUCCAUGCCCUCUAUGUAGAUAUGGAAUUAUCUCUUUCGUCAAGUUGCCUGGUUCCCAAGCGAAAGAAAAUAAACUACAUUUGUCCCUUGGCCUCUGUACCCCGUGCAUGCUUCACCCUCGUGAACCCAACCAUCCAUCUCCAGCUCGUACGCCAGAGAUCCGAAAGAAUCGUGUAGCUUCUGUUUCUUCAGAUCUAUUCUGUCCAGUCACUUGUAGCCCAUUUCCAUCUGUUGCCAUCCCCUUAUGCACCUGCAAUGAUGGUCCAUGCCCGUCAUUUGAACCGCGGGAGGUAGAAACACAAGAUGAAUCACCACGUCGCUCGCAGGCAGCAACAUCAACGGAUCAUGAUAAGAUGGAAGGGCCAAGACUGGAGAGAACCAGUUGUUCAAGCAUGUUUUGGGGCAGAAGAAGCUGCAGCAGAGAGCACCAGUGCAACUCUGAAAUAAAUGCUUAACAAGUUGGGUUGGUGGAUGGUCCAUUCUUCUCUCUGAGGAUAGAAUUUUUUAAUUAACAACAGUGCAGUCCAAGGUUGUUUCUGAUCUCUCCUUCCCAAAAAGAAUAUACAUGAUUCCAUGUUUGCGCCCGGUAUUUGUUCGGCUGGCUACAUGGUGACAGAUAUGAGAUAUGGGUCUCACAUCACCGCAUUUUGACCGCAUUCUUGAUUGGUGUUAAGAUAUUUACAGGGCUUAUGAAAUUUGUAUGCCGGGGACUUGGGAUUGUAACUGAUUGUGAUUGAAGGUUGUGAAAGAGCGGGAAUUUUUUUUUUUUUUCCAAGAAAGCUACGAAUGAUCCUAAAUGGUGUUUUUGUAAAGUAAUCCUUUCGUAAA